UCCCAGCCUACGUGCAGGCAGACAUGAGCAGCCCCUGGUGAAGACAGAGAGGAGAAGCCUCCUCCUGACCCAGUCCAACACAGGAUCAGUCGGUUGGAGGUCACGAUGCUCCCGAGAAGCCUGUGCCCUCUGGCCCUCCUGGUGGUGGUGGUGGUGGUGGUGGAGGCUCAGUACGAGAAGUACAGCUUCAGAGGCUUCCCCCUGAAGGACAUCAUGCCGCUGGACUCCGCGUACAACUACGCGCUGGAGCAGUACGCGGCGCAGAAGUGGGGCGAGAGCGUCAAGUACCUGGAGCUCGGCCUGCGGCUCCACCGGCUGCUGCGGGACAGCGAGUCGUUCUGCGGCCGCAACUGCAGCGCCGCGGCGCGUCGGGACGGCGCCGGCGACGGCGACGACACCCUGUUGGCCGACAGCAGCCUGCGCGUCGUGCGCCACAUCCUCCGGAGAGCCGCGUGCCUCAAGAAGUGCAAGGCGGGGUUCCCGGUGUUCAACCUCUCGUACCCAAAGAGGGAUCUGCUGGAGACGUUCGAGCAGCGGAUACCGUACCGGUACAUUCAGUACGCGUACUUCCAGCUCAAUAACAUGGAGAAGGCCGUGGCCGCAGCCCACACCUUCCUGAAGAAGAACCCGGCCGACCCCUACCUGACCAAGAACAUGGACUACUACAAGACGCUGGUGGACGUGGAGGAAUAUCUCAUCGACCACGAGGAGCAGCCGUACGAAAGUGUGUUCCUGAAGAGCGUGACGCUCUACAACAGCGGCGACUUCAGCGGCAGCGCGCGCAACAUGGAGCAGGCCAUCGCGCAGUACCUGGAGGUGUACGGCCUCUGCUUGGCCGGCUGCGAGGGCUCGUACGAGAUCCUGGAGGUCAAAGACUUCUACCCCACACUGGCAGACCUCUACACCGACGUGCUGAAGUGUAAGGUCAAAUGUCAGCAGCACCUGACGCCGAACGUGGGCGGCUUCUUCGUGGAGAAGUUCGUGGCCACGAUGUAUCACUACCUCCAGUUCUCCUACUACAAACUGAACGACGCGAAGAACGCCGCUCCGUGCGCGGCCAGCUACGUGCUGUUCGACCCCGGCGACCAGGUGAUGCAGCAGAACAUCGCGUACUACCGUUUCUACCGGGAGCAGUGGGGCCUCGAGGACGGCGACUUUCACCCGCGGCCGGAGGCCCAGACGUAUUUUAACCAGACGACCAAACAGAAGGAGAUGCUGCAGUUUGCACUGAACUACCUACAAACAGACGACGAGGACGUGGUGAGUCCAGAGGAAGCGGCGGGCGCCUCGCGCUCGGAGAACCCCGACGCCGAGUUCGAGGGCAUGGGGGACUACGAGGAGUCCUUCCUGUCCGAGUGGUGGCAGGAGCCCAGGACGAAGUGGGACACCGGAGAGGUCGCAGACUGACAGUGUCCAGAGACCUCGUCCCGUUCGCGGCAGCGGAGCGGCGCUCGGCCCCCCACCCGUCGUGGCAACAUACCAAAGAACGUUGACCUCCACCGCAGACAGGUCGACACCCACCAACAGCUGUUCUCCUCCGUCCGGAAUCUGAGGCCGGAUUUAUCCAUCAGGAGCAGAGACUGACAUAUUAUGUCUUUAAAAAAAAAAAAAAGUAAUAAUGAGUGAUUGGCCUGUGUGCCGAUACUCGUCAAUGACUUUUCUAAAGUUGUCUAUUUAAUGAAAGCUCAACGCCGCCGUGCCUCCGUGAUACAAUAAGGAAUCUGACGUGUAGCUUUUUCUGAUGCGGGACCGAUUCAUCAACGACCAACUGGGUUGUCGUUCAUUUGGUCACAAUUAAAAUGGUAUUUUAAUAUAAA